UGGAUCAUCAGGUCACGCAUGACAACGAACCAAGCUACUACUGUUACCUGUACUAAGCAUUAUGCAAAAGAUCUAUAUUUAUCUGCAAGGACUUGGAUUGCUUCAGUAAAGCACACCUUCAGCACUUAGCCGGGCAGCAGGAUUACAAACACCAAGAAACAAAUCAUCCCUUAAUUUAAACCUUGUUAAACCAACAUGACUAAGAAAACCUUCACAUGGAAAGAGCUGGGUCAACACAACACACAUCAAGAUGCAUUAGUAGCAGUACGCGGAAAGGUUUAUGAUGUGAGUCAGUUCAUUGAACGUCAUCCAGGUGGAAGAGACGUGCUAUUAAUGGCAGCUGGAAAGGACAUAACUAUGGUUUUUGAGUCGUACCACGCGUUAAGUGAAAAUGCGCCUAGAGUCUUAGAGAAGUAUUAUGUAGGGGAAUUGAUAUCAAGUCAGUAUCCAACUUAUCCUGAAACAGGACUUUUUUUCAAGACUGCAAGAGAAAGAGUGCAGAAAUACUUUAAAGACAACAAGAAGGAUCCCAAGGAUCCAGGUUGGCUUUGGUUAAGAUUCAUUCUUUUUCCAGCAAUCCUUAUUACCAUAUGGUAUGCACAGUUAACAUGGCUGGCUAAUCACUUGCUAUUGUCUUGCUUGUCUGCUAUUGUUAUGGGCUGGUUUGGUGCACUUAUUGCCAUGACUAUUGUUCAUGAUUCUAGUCAUUUUGCUGUGACGCACUCCCCAUGGGUGUGGAAGACGCUUGGCAUGGGAGCGCACAACUUCAUGCUCGGCUGCUCGUACUAUGUCUGGAUUUUACAGCACACUUUUGGCCACCAUCCAUACACUAAUGUUGAUGGCGCGGAUCCAGACAUCGCGACUACUGAAAAGCAUCCAGAUAUUCGUCGUAUCAAGGAUACUCAAACGUGGGUUCCACCGUAUUUCUAUCAACAUAUCUACGCGCCCCUGAUCUACGGUGUGAUUCUACUUAACGUCCUAAGUGAUGCAGUGGCAAGCUACUGGCUGGCGCUAAUUUUCCAGAUUUCUCAUGUUGUUAGUGAAGUCGAUUGGCCUCAGCCUGACAAAGACAAUCGUAUUAAUCAAGACUGGGCGGAACUCCAGAUCCUUACCACGCUCGAUUAUGCAACUGAUAACUGGUUCUGGAACACAUUUACUGGUGCUCUGAACCAUCAAACCACCCAUCAUCUGUUCCCUAGCAUAAGCCAGGUCCAUUAUCCUCAGAUCACGCCUAUAGUACGCAAGACCUGCGAAGAAUUCAACCUACGUUACAACUACAUUCCUACAUUCACUAAGGCUCUUGGCGCGCACAUCGGUCACCUGAAGAGACUGGGUCAGAAUGAAAAGAAGUCGUUGGCUGGUUAGAAAACGAUAGACAAAAAGGAAAAAAUCGUUUGUUUUCCUUAAGCCCCGUUUACACUAGCGAUYUUUUUGCGAUUUUUGCUGCGAAUUUUUUGCGAUUUUGUCCAUAAUAAAUAAUGGUAAGCAAUU